AUUGUCCUUGGGGGCGGGCACGAGAUUGCUAUCACCAAGGGGAAGGAGAUUGUCGGUGCCGUCGUUGCUGCGUGGGAGAGGAGGGCGUAGGAAAGGCGAGACGUGAGGUGAGAGAAGAGAUUUUUGUUCUUUCCUGCUGGGGGUCUUUCUUGGACGUUUGUAUGAUGAUGAAACGAAGGGGAAGAGUUAUUGGCUUUUGGUAGGUAGAGUCUUAGAGUCUUUGGGAGAGCCUCGUAUAGAUUAUAUGCUAGAAUGGAAUGGGUCAAGAGAAUUUAGAACGGAUUGAGAGUCUGAGAGGAGGAGGAGGAGAUUGAUGGAGCUGUGUCAAGUAAAAUCCAGGCGAAAAUUCGUUACACGUUCUGGGACAGUUCGUUUGUCUGUCGCUUGCUUGGGUCUGUUUGCAUGUCACGAUCCGUUCUAUCUCAGGGAGAAAGUGGUCAGAGGUUUAUUCCGCCAUGGAGAAGCAUCACAAUGGAAAGGCCCGGCAAACCAAAUGCUAAGAUGGAAUUUCGUUGCUACGCCUUGUCUUUUGCGUUUCCUCCCCCCCCCCCCCCCAAAAAAAAUCGAGAUGCAGACUUCCAUCACAACUGUUGUGUCUUCCUCGAUAGAUAGAUCACCCCCAUCAGAAAGAAGAGGGAACAUCUCCAAGGUAGGCAGACCAGUUGUGAAGGGAAAACCUAAACACACAUGCAAAAGAGAUCUAGAACACUCCAAACUGCCCACGCCAAUGUUCCCAUAUCCCCGUAGUCCCAGUGUCAUUAUGGUAUCCCGAAUGCCGUGUCCCCAAUGUGUCCUCGUGUACCCAGCGACAGAAAAAGAAAAAAAGACGAGCCAGUCCCUCCCGGCUCAAGUCAGAGAGAGGGCAUCCUCAAAACACCCGCCGCGGCUGACGGACAACCAAGGUCGACUUCUCCAAUGCGGCAAAAAGAGCGAGAGAGGACACACCGAGAGAAGGGAGAGGAGAUGGGGUAGAGACUCAACCCCGCUUGCCCUUCCUCUUAUUAUUCUUCCUCUUCUUGACCUUGCUGUUCUCGUUAUUGGGCUUCAGUUGCUUUGCAGCAGUCUCGUCGAGCUCCCCCUAGACAGGCUGAUCUAGGUCCAUCUGUGAGCCAGGCGCUUCGCCCACACUAC